GUCUGUCCACUUUUAUUGAAUGACGUAAUUACUGAAUUGUGGGAACGUUACGUGGCACACAUCAGGCUACGUGUUUUCUUUGGAAAUCAUCAAAAUUAACGUAGCUGAUUACAGCUAAGCAAAAUAUAUCGUGUAGAUUUUGAGCCAUUCAGCCAUGGCAACUUAUCAAGAGUUUAUACAACAGAAUGAAGAUAGAGAUGGGGUGAGGUUUAGUUGGAAUGUGUGGCCGUCAAGUCGUCUUGAGGCAACAAGGAUGGUUGUUCCUCUUGGGUCAUUGUAUACCCCAAUCAAAGAAAGACCCGACUUGCCUCCAAUACAAUAUGAUCCAGUCAUGUGUACAAGACCAACAUGUAGAGCAAUUUUAAACCCUUACUGUCAAGUUGAUUACAGAGCUAAAAUAUGGUCAUGCAACUUCUGUUUCCAGAGGAAUCCUUUCCCUCCCCAGUACGCAGCCAUUACAGAACAGCACCAGCCAGCUGAGAUCAUACCUCAGUUCUCAACCAUUGAGUACACAAUUACUAGGGCAAAUUGUGCACCUCCAGUGUACCUGAUUGUGCUGGAUACCUGUAUGGAUGAUGAUGAUCUACAAGCUGUCAAGGAAUCCCUACAGAUGUCACUGAGUCUGUUACCACCAAAUGCAUUGAUUGGUCUGAUCACAUAUGGUAAAAUGGUUCAGCUACAUGAACUCGGUUGUGAGGGAUGUUCAAAAAGUUAUGUGUUCCGAGGAACAAAGGAUCUUACUGCUAAGCAGAUACAGGACAUGCUUGGUUUUGGUAAAGGAGCAGCCCCGGCUCAGAACAGAGGUCCUCAACAACAACAGCAGUUGCCUUCUAACAGAUUUUUACAGCCAGUACACAAGUGUGACUUCAGCUUGACAGACCUGCUGGGUGAACUUCAGCGUGAUCCCUGGCCAGUGGCACAAGGGAAGAGACCACUGAGAUCUACAGGGGUGGCACUCUCUAUUGCUGUAGGAUUACUGGAGUGUACAUUUCCAAACACUGGAGCAAGAAUCAUGUUGUUUAUGGGUGGGGCUUGCACCCAGGGUCCCGGUAUGGUGGUGGGAGAGGAGCUAAAGUUUCCAAUCAGAUCUCACCAUGACAUUGAGAAGGACAACUGUAAAUACAUGAAGAAAGCUAUGAAGCAUUAUGAAGGACUGGCAAACAGAGCAGCUAGUAAUGGCCAUGUGAUUGACAUUUUCUCUUGUGCCCUUGAUCAGACUGGUCUACAUGAAAUGAAGUUCUGUUCCAGAUAUACAGGUGGCCAUAUGGUGAUGGGUGACUCCUUCAACACAUCACUGUUCAAACAAACUUUCCAACGGGUGUUUUCAAAGGAUGCAAAGUCAGAGUUCAAAAUGGCAUUUGGAGCAACAUUAGAAGUUAAAACAUCAAGAGAGUUGAAGGUGUCAGGAGCUAUUGGACCUUGUGUGUCUCUAGGAGUGAAGAGCUCAUCUGUAUCAGAUACAGAGAUGGGGCUUGGUGGAACUUGCCAGUGGAAAAUGUGUGGAGUGAAUCCAAAUUCAACAUUAGCUUUCUUCUUUGAAGUUGUAAACCAGCAUAACGCACCAAUACCUCAGGGCGGGAGAGGUUAUAUACAAUAUAUAACUCAGUAUCAACACUCUAGUGGUCAAAGACGGGUCAGAGUCACAACCGUAGCCAGAAAUUGGGCAGAUGCAAGUACAAAUAUACAGCACAUUGCGGCUGGGUUUGACCAGGAAGCUGCAGCUGUUCUUAUGGCGAGAACUGCUGUAUUUAGAGCAGAAACAGAUGACGGGCCUGACGUUUUACGAUGGUUAGAUAGAAUGUUAAUACGUCUUUGCCAGAAGUUUGGAGAUUAUCAUCGGGAUGAUCCCAACUCGUUUAGAUUCUCAGAAAACUUCUCCUUAUACCCACAGUUUAUGUUUCAUUUACGACGUUCACAGUUUCUUCAAGUAUUUAACAACAGUCCAGAUGAAACAUCUUAUUAUAGGCAUAUGUUGAAUAUAGAAGACCUUACACAGAGUUUAAUUAUGAUACAACCAAUAUUGUAUGCAUACUCUUUUAGUGGCACUCCGGAGCCUGUUUUACUGGAUACAAGCAGUAUACAGCCAGACAGGAUUCUGUUGAUGGACACUUUUUUCCAGAUUGUUAUAUAUCAUGGAGAGACCAUUAGUCAGUGGCGUGCACAGAAAUACCAGGAUCUACCAGAGUACGAGAAUUUCAAACAAUUACUGCAAGCACCUGUAGACGAUGCACAGGAAAUUCUCCAAACAAGAUUUCCUAUGCCUAGAUAUAUUGAUACGGAGGCUGGUGGCUCACAGGCGAGAUUUUUGCUGUCAAGAGUUAAUCCUACACAGACACACAAUAACAUGUAUGCAUAUGGAGCUGGAGGAGCAGGGGAUGCCAGUGCAGCUGUACUGACUGAUGAUGUCAGUCUACAAGUAUUUAUGGAACACUUAAAGAAGCUUGCUGUAUCAAGCUCCUCUUGAAGGUCACAACAUCAUGUGACCUCUGAUGUCAUUCAUGCAGACAAUAGGCCAGAGGAGAAUGACGCUAUCACUAUUAUGUGAUUCAGUCUCGAUGUAACCUAAUUGUUUGCCUCUUUCAUUUCUGACGUUUUAAUUGUAUCUAGGAGUAAUAAUAAAGUUUUUAAAGUUGAAUACCAGUUUAUUAAGUGUUACAUACAAUUUACUUCUGUCAGAUUAAAUAGAAAACCGAUAUGUGUGUGAAAAGAACUUUUGUUACAGAAAAAUGGUGAACAUUUUUGUAAAAGUUUGCUCUGUGGAUGCAGGAAAAAGGUGAAAUAGUUUAAAUAUAUAUAUGAUCUGCUUUGUGACUCAAACAAUGUAACAGUUAUUACAGUUAUAUAGAGGUGAGGUCUUUGAUGGGGAUAAAAAAUCCUCAUAUCAAGGAUACCUUUAAAUAAUGUACAGUCAGUUCUUUAUCAUUAACUACUGUAAACCAUUUUGUGUAACACAAAUAAUCUUAGUGUGUGUGAAACAAGUUCUUGUAAAAUCACAAAAUAAAUGGAAAGUAGACAAUCUCUUACCCAAGACAAAAUGGUGGUCUCAAACCUGUGACAAAAUGAUCUGAAACUAAACGAGAUGGUGGACCCAAACCCAAGAAAAAAUUGGUGGUGUCUUACCUAUAAUAUUUUUGCUAUCUAACCUAACACUGCAUUUUGUUGUGUGGAUUAUCUCCAGUUUUUCAUUAAGGCAAGUCUAGACUAAUGUCAUUUUGUUGGGAAAACAGAAAUUCACAUUUUGUUUUUUCUUCAAAUACUUUAUUUGUCAAAACUGAACAAAUAUGUUCAGGCUGUAGCAGAUAUUUGGUUAAAAUUUAAGAAUAGUUGCUUUACCCAGAAAGUUGAAUCUUGUGUAGAAGCUGCAAAAUAUUCAGAACAUAGCUUAACAUUUAAUCCUUAUCAUGCUGGAUACUAUUGAUUCUGCCUUUGCAAGCAGUGUAGAUCAUGAUCUGCCUGCACAUCCAUGCAGUCUGAUCAUGAUCUACACUGCUGGAAAUUCAGACAGUAUCUUUUUGGUGUACACCAUGUUUAACAGUAAAUGGUACUAUCCAAAUUGAAAGAUGGAUAAGUUCAUUGUAGAAAUUUAGCAGGGUAAGGGUUAAGGAAAAAAGAAUACUUUAAAGCAUAUUUUAAAAAGAUAUCUCGACUUUUUUUCAUUAAUGUAUUUCAUUAUUUUGUUUUAUUUCUAAAGAUGACAUCAAGGCCAUAUGAUGGGUGAAAUUUGAAAAUUAUAAUGUUUUAUUUCAUUGAUAAAAUAUACAUGUUUUGAUACAGUAUAACUGCAUGCAAGUUCAUUCAACUUUACACCUAGUACAUGUAUCUACUUUGUGACUGCCUAUAUACACUGUGUUACCUGUCAAUAUGCAAAGAGCUGUGUAGGGUGUCAAGUGGUUCUUGUUGGGGAAAAAAAAUGUUAUAAAUGUUAAAAAGGGAAAUAAGUUCAUGAACAAAGGUAGAUAAAACAAAACUGAAGAACUGAGAACUUUCUCGUACUUAUGAACAGUUGGACAUGAAUCUUGUACCAAGCCUAUGAUGUAAACUGUGGCCGGCUAUAGUGUAAUACUGUUUGUUGCAUUGCUGAAAAUAUUGAAAAUAUCUUCCUGUAGGACAUUUGGACACAGUGUGUAUUUGUUACUUUUCUGUCCUGUAUCUAUGGAGACAGCUGUUAGUUACAAUUUAUUGAAAAGUUCUAUUUUGAAGUUUUUGAGAGUAGUAUUUUCUGUUCUAAAACAUUUUCUGUAAACUACUAGUAUGUUGAGUGAGCUUGUAUUGUUCAUUAUUAAACACAGUUUGAAUUUUUUUCUUGUUUAUUUCAAGUCAUUAGAUAUAUCCUCAAUGAUUUUAUUCCAGUUUUUUCUUAUUGUGAAUUAUAAUGUACUCGAGGUAUUCUUAUUGAGAAUUUCCUUCCUUCUUUAGAUAUCUAGAACCAAUUUUGUGAUUUUUAGCUCAUCUGAUUUUUUGAAAAAAAAUGAUGAGUUAUUGUCAUCACUUGAGCGGUUGUCGGCGUCGGCGUCUGCGUCCGCGUUGCCUGGUUAAGUUUUAUGUUUAGGUCAGCUUUUCUCCUAAACUAUCAAAGCUAUUGCUUUGAAACUUGGAAUACUUGUUCACCAUCAUAAGCUGACCCUGUAUAGCAAGAAACAUAACUCCAUCUUGCUUUUUGCAAGAUUUUUGGCCCCUUUUGUACUUAGAAAAUAUCAGAUUUCUUGGUUAAGUUUUAUGUUUAGGUCAACUUUUCUCCUAAACUAUCAAAGCUAUUGCUUUGAAACUUGGAAUACUUGUUCACCAUCAUAAGCAGACCCUGUACAUCAAGAAAAAUAACUCCAUCUUGCUUUUUGCAAGAUUUAUUGCCCCUUUUGGACUUAGAAAAUCAGUUUUCUUGGUUAAGUUUUAUGUGUAGGUCAGCUUUUAUCCUAAACUAUCAAAGCUAUUGCUUUGAAACUUGCAACACUUGUUCACCAUCAUAAGUUGACCCUGUACAGCAAGAAACAUAACUCCGUCCUGCUUUUUGCAAGAUUUAUGGCCCCUUUUGGACUUAGAAAAUAUCAGAUUUCUUGGUUAAGUUUUACGUUUAGGUCAACUUUUUCUCUUAAACUAUCAAAGCUAUUGCUUUGAAACUUGCAACACUUGUUCACCAUCAUAAGCUGACCCUGUACAGCAAGCAACAUAACUCCAUCCUGCUUUUUGCAAUAAUUAUUGCCCCUUUUGCACUUAGAAAAUCAUUUUCUUGGUUGAGUAUUAUGUUUAAGUCAACUUUUCUCAUAAACUAUCAAAGCUAUUGUUUUAAAACUUGCAACAGUUUUUCACCAUCAUAAGUGGACACUGUACAUCAAGAAACAUAACUCUAUCCUGCUUUUUGCAAGAAUGAUGGCCCUUUUUAGACUUAGAAAAUCAUGGGUAGGACAAUAUUUCUAUUACACAAAAAAAAAUCAGAUGAGCGUCAGCACCCGCAAGGCGGUGCUCUUGUUUUAAAGAGAAGUUGCCAUACAGUAUUAAACUUUUGUUAAUGUUACUGUAUAUGGAAACAAUCCUGUUUUCUGAUGAUUUUAGUUCAGUUAGUAACAAAAUAUACCUUAGGUUGUUUGUUCAACCAUACUAACUGCAUUCAUGCAGAGUCAGUUCUAGAAUAUUGUUUGUAAUGUUUCUGUGACACUGUGUUUCUCUAUUUUGUAAUUAUAUUAUAAAUCUUCAGCUUAAAGUAUGCAGGCUAGAUUCUUAUUGUUAUCCUUUUAUGAUUUAGAUGUUUUGUGAAUUUGUAUUGUCAGAUAUUAAAAACGUAUAAAAAUGCCA